AUGGCCGCCGCUUCCUCCUUCUCCUACGCCCAGGCCGCCAAGGGUCAGGGUGGCCCGACAGCGCAUCCGACAUCUCCCUCUACCCAACCCGCCGACCAGGCCGUGGCUGCUCCCAUCGAAGAGCUCCAGCCCACCAAACAGAACGAGUCGCCCGACGUCCCCGUCGAGGCCACCCCCAAGGCCGCGUCGAGCCCGGCCGAGCCCACAAACCAGGAGGCUGCUCCUGCUGCCACUGCUGGUGCCACUGCCGAAGGUGUCGCCGUUGACGUCACCGAGACCACCGUUGCCCCUGCUACCGACGCCAAGAUGGAGACGGUCCAGUCAAGGCGGUCUGAUCCCAAGAAGGAUGAAGACGCCGCCAGGUUAGAUCGCCCGUGGCGUCGGAAUGAUAAGAGCACCAGGUCGUCGAGCGCCGCCACGCGGUCGGUCGACGAGCACGACUCGAGGAGACCCCGGAAGGGCAAGAAGGCGAAAUCCUCAGAUGCCGCCGGUGCCGACAGUGCAUCCUCGGUCGCCGACCAGGAGCAGAAGGAGGAGCCCGAGGCUCCCAAGGUUGAGCUAUCCGAGGCUCCCCUCCCUACCGUCAACAUCUGGCAGCAGCGCAAACAGGCCCAGCAGGCCAAGGCCAAGCCCGAGCCCGCCACCAACGGCGUCUCGGCCGCUGGAGCUGCCGAUGCUCACCACAAGCCCGCCCACGUGAACGGCGGUGGCUCCGGUCCCAAGGGCCAGUCCAAGUCGAGCGACAAGCCCGAGCGGAACGGUAGCCGCGGUAACCGGGCUCCCGGCCGCGGAAAGGAGAACAGGCCCGAAGCACCUCCCCUCGUCGAAGAUGCCUCGUCCUGGCCCACGCCUGAGACGGCCAUCCAGGAGGACAAGAAGAAGGCCACCACCCCCACCACCGCUGCAACCACCCCGGCCACCAACGCUGCCACGGCCACAGCGUCGUCGGACAAGCCUGCCUCCGAGGACGGCGCGCAGGCUAAGCCUCGCCAGAAGAAGGAGUGGGUCGCGUACGACUACGUUCCCACCGUCAGCUUCGAGACCCAGCUACCGCAGAUGCGUGGCUCCAAGCCGCGAGGUGGCGCCAAGGGUGGCGCCGGCUCCAGGUCGGCCGCCAACGCCGCCCAGAACAGCAACCACAACGGCGACAAGGCCGCCGCCGCCGCCGCUACGGGUGCUGCCGCCGCCGCCCCAAGUGCCGCCAACACCAACACCAGCGCCUCCAAGCCCGGCGGCGAAUCUCGGGACCGCACACGCGAGCCGUCCGGCCCCGCCGGCCGCAACACGUCGCUGCCCCCGACGAACAACAAGCGUGCGUCGAUAGACGUGGCCAACACCAAGGGCGAGCAUCAGAAGAAGCCCGACUACGCCACCAACAAGGCCAAGGACGCCGCCCCCGGCCAGCAAGUAAGACGUGCCCCCGUCGCGCGUCCGCCUCAUCACGAGCAAGACACGUUGACGCAGAACCAGCAGCCACCCCACCAGCAGCAGCACCCCGUCCGUGAGGGACGCCCCGAGCGUGCAAGCCGCGGAGCCUACCGCGGCCGUGGAGGAGGCCACAACGCCAUAAGCUCGCACGGCCAGCACCAGCACAGCACGUCAGCGACGGCGCCGCCAUUCCAAUCCAGCGGGAACAACCCGUCAAUUCCCAUCCGCGCCACCCCCGGCCCGUACAGCCCGCCCCCGAGGCAGGGUCACGGGCAGGGCUUCAUGCCUCCCUCGCAGCGCGGCGGCGGCCGCGGCGGCCGCGGUGGUGCCAACAACUACAACCGCAUGUCGCUGCCCAACGGCGGCGCGGCACGCAUGCCCCCGGUGCAGGCGCAGUUUGCGCCGUACGACUACUCGAUGCAGCAGCAGAUGCAGCAGCAGCAGCAGCAGAUACCCUUCCAGCAGCAGAACGUCUACUUUGACAGCAUGGUGGUGCCGAUGCUCCGCAGCCAGAUUGAGUACUACUUUUCGAUCGAGAACCUGUGCAAGGACCUGUACCUGCGCCAGCGCAUGGACUCUCAGGGUUUCGUUCCGCUCUUGUUCAUCGCCGCCUUUAAGCGGAUGCGCGACCUGAGCCCGGACCUGGGCCUGAUCCGCGCCGUAUGCGAGGAGUCUGGCGAGAUCGACUUUGUCGUGGCCGACGACGACGGCAGCGAGCGCCUCCGCCGUCGCGUCGGAUGGGACAAGUUUGUCCUGCCCAUGCACGAGCGCGACGACAUGGCCCGCAACGACGGACCCAGGCACAUCACCUGGAAGAGCAGGAGCUUCACGUACCAACCUGCCCAGCAGCAGCAGCAUCAGCAGCAGCAGUACGCCAACGGCAUGGUCGCCCCUCCCUCUCCCUACGGCAUGGCCUCGCCUCCGGCCUACCAGGGCGUCUACCCCGACGACCUCGCCGGCGGUCCCAACGGCUACGUCAACGGCUACGUCAACGGCCACGGUGGUCACGCUCACAUUGCCGCCGCACCUGCGACGGCAGCAGCGCCGGCAGCCUCGCAGCUCUCGGCCGCCGUGCCCGACUUCAACCCCUCCGGUGCUCUCUCCAGUACGAAUGGGCACGCUGCCACGAAUGGCGCCACCGCCGGGGACCGCCACACUGACGCGAUCGAGUCGUGA